AUGCACCUUAUAUAUACCUUCCUCCUGCCGGCUCUCGCAGCCACUGCGGAAGCAGUGGCUUGCGCAAGUGCUCCCUUCACGUCGACGCCCUUUUUCAACUUCAAUCGGCAAUCCAAUGGAGUUUGGGUUGCCCAGUUCACAGGCGGCUAUGUCAACUAUGCGCCUGGUGGACUAUCUGCUGCGGGUGUGGUAAAGCUGGUCAAUGAGACUCCAGACCGGAAGGUGUUCUGCCUGCAAGUACCGUCCAAAGGUGUUGGCGAGUCGGCGCCGUCGGUUGUGAUGGAAAAGGGCCAGAAGGUAUCUGAAACCCUCCGUAAGGCCACUCGACCAGAGAGCAGUCAGCAGCAGGCUGUCACCCCUACCUCCGCCACGCCGGCUAGAUGUAGCAGCCGGGCGCCAAGCGUGCGCGUACGAGAACGCCCUCUCACGAACGAAGACGAGACAGACGAAGAUGAGACGGACGAUGCCGAAGACUCCCCUGGUAACGCCCAAACCGAUCGUCCUGUGCUGCCUAUUCCACGCAGGAGCCAGGAGGCAGCACAGAAGCCAAAUCACAACGUUGCGAAUGCCUAUAACCACCUCGAACUUGGUUCGGUGACAUAG